GAUUCAUCAGAAUGGAAAUUUCUAAAUCACAAAGAUCCUAUUUUAUCAAGUAUCAAGAAGGAGUUAAGGUAUUCAAAAAAGAAUAUCAUAAAUGCACCAAGGAGUUGAACAAUAUGAUGAAGAGAUUAGAUGAAUUGAGAAAAAAGAAAGUGAUUAAAUGUUAUGAAAGUGAAGUAGAUGAUUUAGAAAAAGAAAAACAGGAACUCAAGAGAAGAAGAAAUUUGUGA